AUGGGUCUUUGUAUAUCUGCCGAAGAAAAAGAACUAAAAGCACGAAGCAACAAAAUUGACAAACAAAUCGAAGAAGAUAGUCGAAGAUUCAAAAAAGAAUGUAAAAUCCUUCUGCUAGGCUCUGGAGAAUCAGGAAAAUCUACUAUAGUAAAACAAAUGAAAAUAAUACAUCAAAAUGGAUACACAAAAGAAGAACUAGCACAUUAUCGUAUAACGGUAUAUAAAAAUCUUAUGGAUUCAGCCCAAGCGAUAGUUUAUGCUAUGAAAAAAUUUCAAUUAGAACCUCGAAAAUCUAUAAACAGGGUUUAUGCAGAAAAAAUAUUAGAGUAUUAUGUAGAAUCAGAUCCAAAUUUUCAAUUAAACCCAGAGAUAGUUGAAGCAAUUGAUUCGGUAUGGAAUGAUCCAAUAAUAUCAGAAAGAAUUGGAGCUCAAAGUUAUAUUCCAAAUGAGACAGAUGUUUUACGUGCGAGAACAAAGACUACUGGAAUAAUGGAAACAAGGUUUACUAUGGAUAUACUAAGCAUACAUAUGUUUGAUGUAGGAGGUCAAAGAUCAGAAAGAAAAAAAUGGAUUCAUUGUUUUGAAGCUGUCACAUCAAUUAUUUUUUGUGUAGCGCUUAGCGAAUACGAUCAAGUUUUAUUGGAAGAAUCUGGACAGAAUCGUAUGAUAGAAAGUCUUGUAUUGUUUGAAUCAGUGAUUAAUAGUAGAUGGUUUUUGCGAACAUCAAUCAUUUUAUUCCUUAAUAAAAUUGAUCUGUUUAAAGCAAAAUUACCCAGAGUUCCUCUCUCGGAUUAUUUUCCCGAAUACACAGCAACAGAUACUUCAGAUGUAAGAGUAUUUUUAUUAUUUAAUUUUUUAUCAAGUUUGCAUUGA